CGAACUCCCAUCGCAUGUGCAUGUUGUUCUCCACGGCCGCGCUGCUGUCGUCGGGCCUCCUCCUCUCGCCGGCGCGCUCGCCGGCGGCGGUGGCGCCGCGUGCGCGCGCUCCGACCCUGAGCAUCGCGGUCUUCGGCGCGAGCGGCGGCACUGGAAGCGAGGCGGUUUUGCAGGCGCUCGAGCGGGGCGAGGACGUGAGCUGCCUCGUACGCGACGCCUCCAAGCUCAAGGCGCCGCGCACGGCGGCGGGCUUCUCGGAGGGCUCGCCGUUUGCCAGCGACAAGCUCUCGGUCACCACCGGCAGCGUCACCAACAAGGCGGACGUCGACGCGGUCUUUGCCAGCGGAGGUGUGACGGGCGUGGUCGUGGCGCUCGGCGGCAAGACGAGCGACGUCGGCCCCACGAUGCUGCAGGACGGCACCGCCAACAUAGUGGCCGCCUGCAAGGCCAAUGGCGUGAAGCGCAUCUCGGUCGUCACGACGAUCGGCGCGGGCGACUCAAUGGACCAGGCGCCGUGGGCCUUCCGGCUGCUGAUGAUGACUGUGAUGUCGUCCAUCAUGAGCGACAAGAACGCGCAGGAGGCGGUCAUCACGUCGGCGGGCGCCGACCUCGAGUACUGCAUCGUGCGCCCGGGCGGCCUCAAGUCGGACCCGCCCACCGGGGUCGUCACCGCGGGGAAGGACCAGGACGCGGGCGCCAUCACGCGCGCCGACGUGGCGGCCUUCUGCCUCGACGCGGUCGUCGAGCCCGACUUUCAGUUCCUGCGGCAGGCCGUCUCCAUCUCGUCAAACAUGGGCAGCGGGUUCAAGUCGGUCCUCGCAGACAAGACCAAGUCGCGGAUGGCGAGCAAGUGAUCGCGGCGCCGAGAUGCUGCUAUCGCUCCGCGUCUCCGUUUGCGCGGCGGCGGCGCGUCCUGUGUGCUAUAGUGUGCGCCAAUCCACGCCCUUGUCGUGCUAGUGUGCUCACACACUUGCGGUACGGGGUGUGGACCCUGAGUUGCACUAUGCACAGGUGGCUUGUGCGCCGGGCCCUCCUGCUCGGCUCCAGCGAGUAGACAAGUGUUACCAUCAACAGAGGAGAAGGAUCUGACCUCAGGCUCAGUCAGCGGCGGCCGAGAUGGCGCGAUGCCGACCGGGUGUUGUGGCGCUCAAGCCCUCGCUCAAGCCGCAUUGCGCGGUCGCGCGCGGAUCGUUACUUGCAACUUGGUUCGUUAUACGUU